UGCGUCAUAGGAAAUACCAGCGUACUGUUUGGUAUAGCGAGCGGAAUGAACGACCUUGACGCCGGGGGAGGGAGGCGGCCGAGCGACAAAGGCGGCAAGAUUGACAUUCAAGAACGGAUGAGAAGGCGUUUCCAGCAGAAAGCGCGUGCCAGCCCAAGCGGUAGUGCUUCUCCAUCGUCUUACAGCGGUUCGCAGCCGGGCGCGACGGGUUAUGGACAGCGUCUAAAUAUAUCCAGCCCGAGCCAGGCAUCACAUGUAUCGGCUGACAUCAGUAUAAACGAACCGGACGACAACGGAAACUCGCUGUUUGGCUCAAACACGCCAUCUAAGAGGUCACCAGAGGUGAAGCGAGUCCAUGAGAACGGAAAUUUCCAUAAGGAAGACACCAAGGGGCAGCAGAGCAAAGACGAAUUCAUGGCGCUGUUUCAGAACAACUUUGAAGACACCGAACAGAAAAAAUCUGAAUCGAAGACUUCUGGGCUAGGUUUCCCAAUAUCGCGCGUCAAAGACGAAGAUGAAAAUGACGAGCACAUGAAAUCUUUGGAAAACACGGACAGCGAUCACAGCGAGGAGGAUAACCGCUCAGGAAAUCAACGGCUCCUACAAGGCACCCGAAAUAACCAUCCUUCAGCGUUCUCAAACCAGAGGCAACCAAUAGAGUCAGCUGAUAACAAUCCAAUAGCUAGACUUAUAAGGCUGCAACAACAAGGACGGAAAGGUAGUGAUGAUGACAGUGAUGAGGAAGGUGGAGCGGCGCCCAUCGGCGGAUUCGGGAUUGGUGGCCUCCCCGGCAAGAGUUUCAGAGCGGACGAUAGUGACAGCGAAGGAAGUGUGGAAGAUGAAAAUCCAUUUAACUCGUUAGUAAAAUCACUAAAAAAUGCUCAGGUAAACGUGCGCAGUCAGAUGCCAAACGCGGAAGCUGAUGACCCGUUUGCCAAGCUGAGGGCUCCCAUUGGCAGCGGGCGGCUGGGGGGGACCCAGAAUCCGGAUGUCUCUCCCAUAGGCGGCAUCCAGGGCGGAAGGGGGAUGGGGCGCUACCAGACAGCCAGAGGAGAGGCCCCGGCUAGAGUAAGCGAAGGUGGAAGGAAGUCAGAGCCCGGAUCCGGACAACGCCCUGGCUACGGCGGUAACCAGCCAUCGAGCGGGGCCGGAAAUAAGGCACCAAAGGCAGGUGGCGCUCCGGCACCAGCCAAUCCUUCCGGUAAAGACAGCGGACGGUCUAAGCAGGCGGAUGGCUUUGGUGGCAUUGGAGGGUUUGGGGCUCCUAUACCAUCGGACGGUCUAGACAAUGACCCAAUUAAGCAGAUGCUCAGAGACAUGGCAAAAGAUGCUCCCGGUGGCGGUGACGAUGAGCCUCCAAACCUCAAAAAGAUGCUGGCUAAACUCCGCGCAGAACGAGAGGCAGGUGGAGAUGGUGCCGCUAAUCAAGGAAACAAUCCCGACCCCGGCAGUCAAGGCGGUGGUGGCGAAGAGGGACAGAUGGAUCCCCUUGCACAAAUGUUGGGAGGGGGUGGAGGCGGAGCUGGGGGACAGGCUAACCCCCUUGCACAAAUGUUUGGAGGAGGUGCAGGCGGAGCUGGGGGACAGGCUAACCCCCUUGCACAAAUGCUUGGAGGGGGUGCAGGCGGAGCUGGGGGACAGGCUAACCCCCUUGCACAAAUGUUUGGAGGGGGUGCAGGCGGAGAAGGGGGACAGUCUAAUCCCCUUGCACAAAUGUUUGGAGGGGGCGGUGCUGGUGGUGGGGGAGAUGCCCUCGCCCAGAUGAUGGGUGGUGUUGGCGCGGGUCCUGCAGGUCGGCGCGGUGGGAGCCAGGCGGACAUGAUGAGGCAGAUGAUGAGUGGGGGUCGUGGCGGAGGAGGCCAGGCUGAUCAAAUGAUGCAGAUGCUAGCUGGUGCGGGAGGUCGUGGCGGAGGGGGUCAGGCUGAUCAAAUGAUGCAGAUGCUAGCUGGUGCAAGAGGUCGUGGCGGAGGUGGUCAGGCAGAUCAAAUGAUGCAGAUGCUAGCUGGUGCUGGAGGUGGAAGACCGGGCGGACUGCAGGGACGGCGGCAACAAGGCGGCGGCGGCGAGGAGGAGGAGGACGUUAACGUGGAAAAUCCCGGGGACAUGCAGGUCAUUCAUCAAAUGUUAGCCUAUGAAAGCAUGAGAGCCCAGAAUAGCCACUGCCCGCGUGCACAUAACGCGAUGAACACGAUCAUCAUCAUCGAUACUUCCGGUAGUAUGGGCGGAGAUGCCAUGAUCGAGGCGGGCGAGUUCCUCUCACAGUUUCUCAAUGGUUUGGAAGAACUGCAAUUCGAGUUCAACCUCGAGGAGAACGUGGCGCUGGUGUCGGUGGCGGAUGGCGGCCAGGUCGUCCAACACUUUACCAACGACUACAGCCUGGUCCGCAGGGCCACAGAUACGUUGUGCGCGGAGGGCCCCAGUAAGCUGCACAUAGGGCUCAUUAUGCCGAUAGCACUUCUGCCAUUAGACCAGAACACUCGAGGAGGCAUGCUGACGUUGCAGGGUCACAUGGUACCGCCGCGGGUCAUCCUGAUCACCGACGGUCAGCUGAGCGGCGUCACCGACGUCCCCGGCCAGCAACCCAACCAGCAGCAAUCCAAUAUGCUACAAACGAUGUCCCUGGAGCUGAUGAACCAGGUUUUAAAGACGACCCUUGUCCGUAUCUUCUGCGUGCCGGUCGGUGACAGCAACCUGAACUACCUGGAUAUGGUUGCCAGUACUUCUGGUGGUAAGGUGGUCCACCCGACAUCAGCAAAACUCCUCAGCCGCUAUCACCUGCAUCAAAUGGUGGUUGCUGCGCUGAAAAAAGAGAGCGCUAACGAGCCAUCACGGGGGAUAAUCAUGGAAAAACUAAAAACCGUCACCGGACACUGCGAAGAUGCGGAAGUGGAUGCGAUACUGGAGAUGUGGCAGCAGCCUCCACCGGAUGUUGAUGAACGAGACCAGCGCCUCAUCAAGCAGUCCGUGGAUGGGGGAGGUGGCCGAGGAGUUCCGAUGAUGGGAGGCCGUGGUCGAGGCGGAGGACAGAUGGACAUGUCAGCGAUGCUUGCGGGCCGUGGUGGUGGCGGGCUCCAGGACAUGUUGGGCGGGAGAGGCCAAGGCGGCGGUCCAGGUGGUUUGCCGGAUAUUUCGGCCAUCUUAGGUGGUCAGGGUGGUGCAGGAGCCGGUGGCCUUCCGGACAUGGCUUCCCUUCUUGGUGGCAUGGGAAGGGGUGGUGGUGGCGGAAUUGCUGAUAUGGCAGCUCUACUCGGUGGCCGUGGAGGGGGUGGUGGUGGACGUCCGGAUAUAGCGGCUCUUCUCGGUGGUCGAGGAGGCGGAGGAGCCGGCGGACUUCCGGAUAUGUCCGCUCUGUUUGGCGGUCGCGGUCGAGGUGAAGGUGGCGAGGGAAUGCCAGAUAUGUCGGCGCUUUUCGGUGGCCGAGGUGGCGGAGGUGCUGGUGACAUGCAGGAUUUGGCAGCGAUGCUAGGCGGUGUAGGGGGAGUUGGCGGCGACGGGGCACCUGGUAACUUGGCCGCUAUGUUGGGUGGUAUCCGGGCAGGUGGAGGCGGUAACGGAGAUGGGGGUGGUGGCAUGGACAUGGCGGCAAUGCUUGGUGGUGGUGGAGGUAUGAAGAUGGGCGGCGGCUUUCCAGGAGGAGCUGGUAUGCUUCAAAUGGCAGAAGACGGCGGAUUCUUUAGCCGUAAGCAGCGCGAUGAGGAACCGCCCCAAGAAAAGAAACGAGGCAGAGGUUAUGGAGGAGAUCCGAAAGUAUUCACAUUGAAUAAACUUCCUGAUAAUGCACGAACAAGCAAACCAAAACUACACGAACUCAAACCGUCCAAGCCUUUACCGGUACCACCAAAAGUUUUCACUGGAAAUCCAAAAUAUCCGGACGGAAUCAUCCCUGGUAUGGCGGGCGGAAUGAACCCCGUCGGUGGUGCUGCCUUUCCGCAAAACAUGCAAAAUCCCGUCCCUGGGGCUGGGUUUCAGCAAAAUCCUCAAAAUUUCGGAAAUAUGGCCGCCGGCGGUGGUCAGCAGCAACAGUCAGCCGAUCAGUUUCAAGGAUCGCGGAUUACGCGGCCGGAUCUCAGGGUCGAGUACCGCGAACGGUCAGAUUCGGAGGAUGAGGCCGAGGCUAUUGGGGGCUUUAACUGAGGCGGUCGGAAGUUCCGUCCCGAGAAAGUGUUGGUUGACGUUUAUCGUGGCAUAAAUGAAUGAAUGGGUUUGUUGUGCUUGUAAGCCAAUAGGCAAAUAGUGGUCAUUGUGAUGAUCUAAGACUUUAUUGUCAUGUAUGUGUGUUGGUUACAUACAAGUAUAAUGUCCAUAUCUCGAUCACAGGCAAUAUGUUGACCACUGUUUGAAACAAAAUCCUUUAUACAAUGAUUAAUUUUGUUUUAUUAUUUUAUUGUUGACAAUAAUUUUCUAUUUAAGUGAUACUACUUUGCUCUUCUCAAAUGUUAUAUGUUAUACUUAAAUAUUAUGCGACCAAUUUUUGAGCGUGUGAGAAUUUAUAAUAACCGUACCUUAACCAUUGUGAUAUCAUGGUGUUGAAUGACUGAAGACAGGAAAAGUGUGGCACUCUAUUGAAAUAGUUAUAGUGACCAGGGGUGAUUUUCAAACAGUGAUUAAAAGUUAAUAAAAACCGCACUUCGGAGAGAUCAAAUGUGAAUGUUGUUUUCCUGCAUGUGCAACUAUUUAAACAUUUUUCAUGAUUUUUGCAAUGAACGGUGCCUUAUAUUCACUAUAGACAGAAAGGUUAUGGUAUCCAAGAAAUGCGGGACAUGUCAACACAUGAGAAUAUCGUCAUCUUCUUCAAAUAAAACACGUAUUGUUGUGUGGAAUUUUGAUUAUUUUGAUAUUCAUUGUUCAAGUAGAUUAUCUCUUAAAUAAUGGUUUAUACUAUGACAAUUAAGGCAAACGAGUACGUUCUUUCACUUUUUUAUUUACCAUAUUCACCAUAGAAAGCCCUUUUUCAGAAUAGUUCACGCAAAAAGUAGGCCAAUUAUGUUGAACGGGGUCAUGGAAAUUUAACAGUUAUGUAUGUAUUGAAGUAUUACAUGUGUGAGAUUACAAGAGGUUCUUACUCGUUCAUCAUGGCAAAACGCUGCAUCAAAUACUAAACACUUCUUCUUCAUAAGCCAAAUGUUAGAUACCAUAAAUAGUGUUAAAUUAUGUUUUUAUAUUGUGAUAUGAUUACUUUCUGUGAUUGGGUGAUUUCUGUGAGGGAAAGAUUGUAUAGAAAUGGUUUUGGUUACAUUGAGGAAAGCCAAAAUGUGGAAUUUUUUAAAUUGUGUAUACACACAUAGAUCGAGAUGUACAGAAAUAACUAUAACUAUGUGUAUACUAUUAGAUAAAUUCAUUGGUUGAAUGUGAGUGUUUUCAAUGAAGCCGAGUUUCGUAAAUGUUUUUUGGCAUUUAGAUAUUCUUUAAAAAGUCCUUUUAUUAAAUCUGGUGGACGUCACGCUUUACAGAGAGAAGAACGCAUUUAUCCGUUUUGCGAGUGUUUAUUAAACGAAUAUCGUUUGUGUUAAUGUGUCCUCUGUAUUUGGAAUAAGGAAUGUUUAUAUUUCCAGAUACUAAAGAGAAGUUUCUACACUCUUUCUUUUAUUUGUUUUAUAUUGCCUUGAUAUACAUAUCCGUGUCACUCACUAUGUUGUUGUGUAUGCUCUGUAUGUUAUUGUAUAUAUGUAUGGACCAGAGGUCUUUGUACAAUAAACCUUGAACGUGAA